AUGUCAUAUAUCUGUCAACACCCCGAUGGUUCAUUUGAUGUCGUGCUCGUCAAACACUCGUGGCGUUUACACUUUCUUCGUUUUCUUCAUCGUGCAGCAAAUGAUAGUCAUGGAAUCGAAAAACUAUCCAAUGUCGAACGAUUUCGAGCAACUGAAGUGUGCAUCCAUCCUCUUGUUGUUCAUCACGACAAUGAACUUGGAAACUGGUCAUGCGAUGGUGAAUUGAUCGAUGCGAAACAAGUCACCAUCCAUGCUCAUCAUCAAGCAUUGAAAUUAUUUGCAACUGGGAUCAAUCUUGAUCAAGUGAAGAAAAUCAAUGAACAACAGUCGAUGAACAUUCCUUCCGACCGAAUGACUGGAUGCUGUUUUCUUGUUUUUACUUUUGUAUGUUAUCGGUGUUUAUUUUGA